CGGCCCCAGGAAAGCUCUUCGGAAUGCGGGACAUUUAAAUGAACCAAAACAUAGAGGGGCGUCGUCCUCUGUACUCGUCAGCCGUGGCUUGAUUGCCAAUUUUCUAAUUUUUCAGGGAUGUCUAAUUCCCGAAAAUGGGGCAACGUGAGCUCCAAAAAGCCAAGCAAGGGGAAGGUUGUGCAAAUUUACGAGUCAUUUUUAAAGGGGGAAGACCCGUCAGUAGGAAACGAACAUUUCUGGCACGAGUUUUUCCUCUUGAAGCCCUGUGUCUCAAAACUUGAGUCUGAGUUAGCCAAACUGACUGGAGAGCAGCUGACUCAGCUGAGAGAACAGCUGAACUUGAUUUGCACACAAUGCAUUGACAUUCUUCAAGACGAUUCCCAAAUAAGGAUUGCCGUUGCUCUACAGACCUUGUGCACAAUUUUGAAAGCCAUCACUCGAAAGGCAGCCUCGGAAAGCAAUCUAGAUGUUGUCAAUACUUUUGUGGGGCACGAAUUGAGUAAAAACUACAUUCCACUACUUUUUGAGCACUGCAGCUCUAUUCUAUCAAGCAAUCCAAAUGCUGAAAUAAAAGGUUCCGCCUUGAGGUUGCUCCUGGCAUUAGCGACUGGCUCGGAGAACUUGAGCCAAAACACAAUUCUUGAGUACUCGAUGAACUACACAAGCCAAGUCCUUUUUGAGGCUCUGGUGCACAUCCUCCAAGACCCGGACACUCGUCUAGCACUUGGCCAGUUUGCCAUCCAGCUUCUGACGCUGUUUGUCAACUUCAGCAAGUACGAAGGAACCAAUCCGUUUGUUGUGCAACUCUCCAUUUUGGACAAUGAAUUAGCCCUUAAUGGUUACAGCCAAGUUAUUACCAGCCACUUAGCGGACUUUUGCUGGCAGUACACGACACAAAAUGCAGAGUCGCAUGCAGGAGGGUGGUUUUCGUCUCUGACGAAUAUGGUCGGGUCCAUGUUUGUGUCAGACGAAGGUUCCUGCAGAAAUCAGCAAAUUAGAAACCACAAUGCAGUUCUUUUGGCUCUUUACGAGGCUGUGCACUUGAAUAGAAAUUUCAUAACAAACUUAGUCCAAACCCAGGCAGACACUAGUAGUCCUCCCUCACCUACUGCCACUUUAGACAACAUCAGAGCCUCGGCUGAGGGCAACCAACCAGGCCAGCAAAUCCAUCUCAUGGCAAAUCCUGCCUCCCAGCCAACAAGCCUCUUGGCCACAUUUAUCGAAUAUUGCUCCAUCGUAACCCAGGACACAAAGCCAGACACUUUGUUCAACAACGGCAAAUUGUGCCUCUUAAUCUUGACAUGCAUUUCUGAGGACCAGUAUGCAAACUCUUUGAUGCACGAUCCCAACCUGGUCUACAAAGUGCAGCUGCACAGAUCUCCAAUGCGACACAGAAAAAUCCCUUCAGAUCUAACUCUUCCUGCUCAACCUUUAGCCUGUGCUAUGCUAGAUUUUGUGGUAGAAUUUAUUACGAGCCACAAGAUGAAGCGCUUCCCCAUGGAACUGUAUUUACUCAGUAUUGGCAUUGCCCAGCGCCUGGUGUGCUACCAAAAGAGGUGCAGAGUUCGACUUACCUACCAGUGGCCGGAACUGUGGAAAUCUCUCAUUGCCUUGCUUCGGUUUUUGUUAUCUCACGAAGGAACUUUGGCCAAAAAGAUGAACAUUUUCCAGUUGGCUCUGCAGGUGGUCAACAUUUUUAACCUGUUUAUUACUUACGGAGACACAUUCCUUCCCUCUCCCACGAGCUAUGAUGAGCUUUAUUACGAAAUGAUCAGAAUGCAUCAAGUUUUCAAUAACCUCCAUGCAAUGGCUUUGCGGUAUUCUUCAAUUGAAGGAGAGUACAAGGAGUGGGCGCAGAAGCUUGCAAACAGUCUGGUCAAUGUCAGGGCAAUCACAAGUCAUUUUGUACCAAAAAUCAACACGUGGUUAACUGAACAGGGACUCUCCACCCCUUCUGAGGACCAGAUUCUGGAGGUUGUGAGGAGUAACUAUGAUAGUCUGAUGCUGAAACUGCAAGAUAAUUUGGACCAUUACGAGAGAUAUUCGGAGUCUCCUCAACACGAGAGCUUUUUCUACUCGAUGGUUCAAAGUGUAAUUAACGACAUCAAUCAGAAUAUCGAUUUUACUCCUGAAGAAAGCGUGCAAAAAAUUUUCCAAGAAUUUGCCUCCGCGACAUAAUUGGAUAUAUGAACGUCUGUGACUUGUAAUUAAUUUUUAAGUUCACCUUCAAGUAAUUUUUGGAAAAUGAAAUCUUCCAGACUAUAUUAAGAAAUUAUUUUUUGAAAGUGAAUUUCAAUUUCAUGUGAAAAUCAAGAAUUUUCAAUAACCGUCUUGCUUAGAAUUGGGUACAGAUUUUUAUUUAUUGUUCUUAAAUUGAAUUGGAAAAUUUCCAACUUAAUAAACCCAGUUCUGGGUAAAAACUGACACCUGAUAUAUAUUAAGGACUAAAGGUAUAUUACUUCCAAUAAAACCAAAUUUCAUGUUUGGCAGCUAAAGA